AGGCGCGGGGUGGGUCGGCGCUCUCGCGAGGCGUGCUUCUACACCGGGGUCGCCGGGGGCGCGGGCCCGGCAGAGGUGAGGGCGGGCGAAGGAAAGCGAAGCGACUGGACGCGGGAGGCGGCGGGAUCUGCGGUGCGGCGCAGGCCGUGGCGCCGGGCCCGGCCCGGCCCGGCUCUGAUUGGCGAAGUGGGGCGGGCUUGACCUUGCCUGCGGAAACUUGAACUGAAAAGCCCCAUUUCAGCAACCAUGGGUCUGUCUGCAUCCUCCCCAGCCGCCACAGCUCAGUCAGCAGCUGAGCCAUCCAAACAGCACCAGGUAGCCUCUCCGCCUUCAGAAUGCCCCAUGCAUCAGGAGAAAAUGAGAGGUUGUCCCAUGCACAUGAAGGCUUCUGACCGUAGGGCUGAGAACACAGACGAUGUUCCUGCACAUCAGGAAAGAGCAUAUGAAUACGUAGCAUGUCCUGUGAAGUCUGGGGCAUCUCAAGUGAACGAUGACAUAGAUCCUAGCAAUAUGAUGCCUCCUCCUAAUCAGUUACCAUCUCCAGAUCAACCAUUUCCAUUGUCAACUGUUAGAGAAGAAUCUUCCAUUCCUAGGGCACACUCUGACAAGAAAUGGGUCUAUCCUUCAGAGCAGAUGUUUUGGAAUGCUAUGCUAAGAAAAGGGUGGAGGUGGAAAGAUGAUGACAUAACAAGUGAAGAUAUGACUAACAUCAUUAAGAUUCACAAUCAAAAUAAUGAGCAAGCUUGGAAGGAGAUUUUGAAGUGGGAAGCUCUUCAUGCUAUGGAAUGUCCUUGUGGACCGUCCCUGAUGCGGUUUGGAGGCAAAGCGAAGGAGUAUUCACCACGAGCCAGAAUACGUUCAUGGAUGGGAUAUGAACUUCCCUUUGACAGACAUGAUUGGAUUGUUGACCGAUGUGGAAAAGAAGUGCGAUAUGUUAUCGAUUACUAUGACGGUGGUGCAGUAGAUAAGAACUACCAGUUCACUAUCUUGGAUGUUCGUCCUGCGUUUGAUUCUCUCUCAGCUGUGUGGGACAGGAUGAAGGUAGCUUGGUGGCGUUGGACUUCUUAACCACUGCUGUUAUGAGUGAUCAAAAAGUAAACCACUUGACUCUGAGGAUUGAGGGUAUGUGGAUAGUAGGACGUGAAAUAGUAGUUCAGUGGAGCUGUGAUUAUUUUUGUCACCAGUGUUGUUUGGGGGGGGGCAUGACGAGGGUGAAGAAAUGCAUUGUUAAGUAUACCAAUGCUUUAUGAUACUAUAAAUUAUAUAAUAAAAGUACAGAAGCAAAAACAUGUAUCUUAAUUUUCUUGAGACCUGGGAAAUCUUUUAUUUUGUUACAAAUCUUGCAUAAGAUUUCCUUCUUUCAUUUCAUGCCUUUGGUGCUGUGCCAAAUACAUUAGGUUUCCGGUUCUGACUGUGGUUUUGAGCAUUACUUAAAAAAUAGUGAAAAUGGGAAGUUUCAUGAAUGGUUGCCCUUAGUUACAGUAUUGGCAUACUCAGAUGAUAAAGCAUAAAGGUUGUGGACUGUUACAACCUGCAUGUUUUACUAACUCUUGAAAACUACACGCUUGUUUUUACAUGGGCACUUUAUCUGUUCAAAUACGUUUCCUCAGAAAAUUUCAGUCAUAUCCAUUCUGUUAAAGAAAUACGAGUAUUGCAGUGUGAGUAUUCCUAAUAGUGCGUUCAGUUGAAAAUGUGGAGAGUAUACUUAAGCCUUAAUUUGCAGUUCAUCUUUGAACAGAAGAACAGCUGAUUGUUAGAGGCAGGAACUGAGUGUAUCGGUUGCUCUUAAAACAUUUCUCAAAGGAGAUAAGGGUUGAUCUCUAAUGAGUAUUUAUUUAAUCAUUUUAAAAGUUUGUUUUCUAAUGUAAGAAAGUUGUAUUCUUUUAUUGUGUCUUCUCAUGUAUUCAGGACAGAAGCUUGAUUUAAACAAUGUGUCUGGCAGCACGUCUGGAUUUUGCAUCGUAGUUUCAUCACCUGUAGUGUAGUAUUUAAUUCUUUUUAAAAUACAUAACAGUUGCACAGAGGUGUAUGACUACAUAGUCAUAACACGUUCCUUCAUAGCAGUGACAGUGAGGUGUGGUACAGAUGUAUAUACAACUUGGCUAAAAGGGUAUCCAAAGUGCAAGUAAGCAAGGUUGAAUUGAGUGUUUUUUGAGACUGAUGCUUGUUAAUGCUGUGUGGCUGAACUGAGUGAUGUUUGUGCUUAAUAAGGAGAAUAAACUAUUCUCUUUUUUUUUUUUUAAUUCUUCCACUGUAAUAGCUUUAAAUUUGCAUGGCUUGGUAAAUUUCAGUUGCCACAUACCUGAAAUUAUGUUACUCCUCCCUUUCAGCAUACAGUACUGUUGAGGAUAAGUCCUCAGUGCAAAGGACUUGAGAAUGGAAAGAAUAACCAAAUACCACAUUGUAGUUUCUCAAGUCAGAGUUUCUUCUUGUAACUUGAGAAGCUUUAACUGGCAACCAGCUGUACCUUAAUUUUCUGAAAGUGGUUAUUUUUCACUGAUAGCAGAAGCUUUUUUUUUUCUUCUCCCAAGGGGAGAAUACCUUAAUACUUCAGUAAAGUAACUCUUCUCAUUUAGGAAAACAAUCAGGGAAGCUUCCAUAUUUCGUGGUACUAAUGGAGACUAAUGACUCCCACUUCAGAGGUAACUAUCUGCAGGGUCAGAAUAAAACUUACCCAGAAGUCCAGAAUCCUAAGAAAUAACUCCUACUUUUACCUGUUUCCAAUUUCCCUAUUAUUUUCCCCCUUUUUUCAGUGAUUCAUAUAUAUGUAUGUGUGUGUACAUAUAUUAAUAAGAACAGUUUAGAGCAACAAAUCCUAAGCCUCAGUCUGAGUAAGCAGUAUAUAUGUGAGAUACAAGAAGUGUGUGAUCUUCUAUGAAGCAUUGUAUCUGACAGUAAAAGAGCUACUCCUUUCAGUUCUAAUAGAAAAGACAGAAGAUUGCUGCUUUUUGAGGUGGGCUUCUUGAGUUUUAUGUAUACAUUUGGUAACUUGAUUUAUGCACAAUGGAGAGAGUUCUUUGGAAGCUUCAAAAUGACUAGUCUGCACUGUUGGUUUUGGAAACUUGACAUUAAGUGUGUUAUGAAAACUGUAAUUGCUCCUAAAUCUGCUAAAAGAUGUUUCAUGCUGCUUCAUGAGUUUACUAUCUUCUGUUUCAUCUCUCCUAGAUUCAGAGUUGUUCUUUUCUGUGCUGCUUUGUCAUCUAAACAAAAAGGAGAAUCAAAUAAAUAUACUUUUCUUAUA